GGAUCGAUUUAUUCUACUAUGAUAGGAAAGGAGUGACGGAUAAACCCCAAUAAAAAUAUAUUGAUACAUUUACAAAUAUUACAAAGCAAUUUAAUGUGAACAAAAGGACUUUCUUUCGGUUACAUUGGCCCACAAGAGGAUGUGGUAGAACUGGCGGUAGCAGUGUCUACGACAAAAGUGGCAGCAACUCUGAUAGCAACAUAUACAGCAACGCUGGUAGUACUCGUGUUAUGUUUGUCAUGAAUUAUUCAACUCUGCUCAUUAUGAACUUGGCAUUGCUGAUGGUAGUUGUGACGAGAUUCUUCGAUACUUCAUUGGCUUCCCAUAACACUAAAGAUGACCAUCUCGAUGAUGCGCCCGUCAUCCGUCAUCGUCGUCAAGCUCCGAUGUCGACUGACCCUCACGCCCACUGUGGUGAAUGGUUCCCAUGUAUAAACUCAACGCAGUGCAUUCCUCAAGAAGCUAUAUGCGAUGGCAACGUCGACUGCGACAACGAAUCGGACGAGUCGGAUGAAGAAUGCAUCGAUGAUAAGAAUAGGCGUGUAUAUACCUUUAUGGAUCAAGGAAAGACUGACGACUCAUCGGAGGAAGAUGACUUUACACCACCAGCAUGUGAUAUUGGAACAUACCCAGAAGAAUGCAGAUGUGUUCUCCUGUAUGAAGACCCUAUGGCUCAUUUCGACUACUAUGAAUCGAUGCUACAAGACGCAUACCCCAGCGUUUUCGCUGAACCACCAAUUGGAGCAACAAGUGAACCACUGGGGCUGGAAAUAGCGUGCACGUCAAAACGACUGGAAAGGGUCCCAGAAGGGCUUCCACCCGGAACUUUGUAUAUGGAUUUGUCGGAUAAUCGUAUUACUCAUCUCCAUGGCGACAGCUUCCAGAAUCUGACCAGACUUCGAGAACUAGUAAUCACUCACAACCAAAUGCAGUCAAUGGACGAAGAUGUCUUCUACGACACAAGGAGUCUGGAAAUGCUCGACCUAUCAGAUAACCGAAUUGAGAGGAUAACUUCGGCUCAUUUCGACUCUCUUCGACGGCUUUCUCUAUUACGACUCUCACGGAAUCACUUCCGGUGCGAGGAUGGAGAUUGCUUCCGGAAUCUGGUUAGUCUGAGAGAACUCGAGUUGGUAGCAUGUGGGAUCACAGAGCUAAUGCCUGAUAUGUUCCGUAAUCUUCACAGCCUAUCUGUACUUCAGCUUUCUUACAACGCAAUCACCAAAAUCAUGCCAUCGCACAUGAAUGGACUGGAGGGGUUACAAGAUCUGUAUUUAUCGAGCAAUCACAUCUCACAUAUCGAGAAUGGGUCGUUUGAUGGCAUGGACAGACUCUUGAAAAUAUUGCUACAUGACAACAAACUGAAGAACAUUUCUGUUGGAGUAUUUCCGUUUAUGCCCGAGUUAGUCAUUUUGAAAUUAGAUGAGAAUGAGAUUGAUAUGAUAGAGCCCGGGUCAUUCUCACUUGUGAUGAAUCUACAACAUUUUACACUAAUGGAGAAUAAAUUGAGUCGAAUUGAAUUGGGAAUGUUUGAUGGCUUAGGAAACGUUACAGACAUGAGUUUGCGCCAAAAUGAAAUUAAAGUCAUCGAAGAGAAUGCUUUCGAUAAUCUGAUAAAGCUGGAAUCAUUAGACUUACGGGAGAACAAGCUAACCGAAGUACCUCGAGAGCUCUUCACACCACUCGAGAAUCUCAACAAUAUCUACUUCGAUUACUUCUUUAUGUGCGGGUACGCCCCCAACGUACGGGUCUGCCUGCCCAAAGGGGAUGGCAUCUCGAACGUCGAUGAUCUCCUGGGCAACUGGUUGCUACGUUGUGCCGUCUGGCUAGUGGCCCUGCUCGGGUCAUUUGGCAACCUAUUGGUUAUCCUGGCCCGAUGCUUCGUCAGUGAGGAUAACAAGGUCCAUUCAUUCUUUAUCAUGAAUUUAGCCGUGGCGGAUUUUCUUAUGGGUCUCUAUCUGCUCAUCAUUGGACUGCAUGACGUCAUGUUUAGAGGUGAAUACAUCUUUAAAGAUUUGAACUGGCGAAGCGGAUGGGUGUGUAGGAUGUGUGGACUACUCAGUCUUCUCUCCAGUGAAAUGUCUGUAGUUACAUUAACAGUGAUAACCUCCGAUCGGUUUAUCUCCAUCGUGCAUCCGUUCAAGUUUCGCCAACGUCACCUCGCCCACGCUGUCAUCCUCAUGGUCGCCUUCUGGUUAGCUGCCAUGCUCAUCGCCAUCCUCCCCGUCCUCCACCGAUCCUACUUUGGCGAAUUCUUCUACGGCGGCAACGGUGUGUGUCUCCCACUCCAAUUUGAUCGCCCGUUCGAUCACGGUUGGGAGUUCACCCUCGUGGUCUUUGUCCUCUUCAAUCUCAUCGCGUUCAUCUUCAUCCUCUACGCAUACGCGCAGAUGUUCGCCACCGUACGGAAGUCUAGCCUUGCUAUGAGAUCGACGAAAGAGUCGCAAGACUGGAACUUGUUGAAGCGUUUCACGAUCAUUGUCGCUACUGACUUUAUCUGCUGGAUGCCUAUCAUAUUGGUCAAGAUAGCAUCUUACGCAGGUAUAGCCAUACCACAGUCAGUGCACGCAUGGUUUGCCAUCUUCGUUUUACCAGUCAACUCUGCUCUCAACCCGAUCUUAUAUACAGUUACCACGCAGUUCUUCAGACAAAAGUUCCUACGACCGAUCCGUCGUAUAUGUGGCCGUCAGAAACAAGGCAAAGCUUAUCAAUCAGGUUCUUACGACGAUUCCAUCACCGGUACAAAGAUCACUGCUACCAAGCUAUCGAUAAUAUCGCACAACGGAAAACCAAGGGCGGGAUCGGUUAAUGGUCGGCUGAACUCAACAAAGGGAUCAUAUGGUCAUCAUCGGCCCAGCGAGGUACAACCUUGGCUCUCCCCCGACUCGUCGGGUCACCCAUCUCACCUCAAACGGCCUUCACUGCGGAUGGAAGAUAUGAGUUGCCGCAAAGAACCGGAGGUCGUGGUGGUGCACAGUAACAGUCAGAACCGGAUCGAAUGCAGUGAUGUCGCAGAACCAUUGAUUGAAACCUAGCGGUCUUACAAAUAUCCGGUUUGGAAACAUUCAAUUCUGAAUAACUGAGAGACCUUUGUUUCAAUCUGACAAUCUCCUACUGAUGCCGAACUCCAUUUUCAUUGACAUGCAGGUGUCUAUAUCAGGAGAUUUAUGAAAGGAAGUGAAUUUUAUAGUGCUAUCAAUCACUGUAUCUGUUUCCAUUUAAGAUCGUUUAUCGUUUAUACUGCUUUAUAGAUCUAUUUAUUAUAUGAAACUCCCAAUUUGUCGUAUUUAUUGUCAUGAUUGUUUAUUAAGCUUAAUGUGAAAAUAUAGAAAUGAUUCAUUGAUUGUCAAAUAGACCUUAAUCAAUUAUUUAUUAACAUUGAACUAUUUGAACGAUGAUAUCAAGGCAUUGUAGUGCAAAAUGGUUAAAUAAGAAUGAUGUAGGCCUAUUACUCUAUACUGUAUAGAGUCAAACGAAUAGAUUCUGUAUGAAGUUAUGAUGGAAAAAGAACAUAUUUAUAUUUUAAUGUAUUCAUUUCUACUGGAGACAAAUUGGAUACUUUUGUAAUGAUUAUAAAGAAAGAAGUAAGAGAAAGACAGAAAAAUAAGCUAAUCUCUGGUUAUUUGCACGAAUUACUAGGUUAAAGUAAGCUACACUGUUUGAAUUUUCUUCAUUUAUUAAACAUGUAAUACACGAAAAAAAAAAUAUCACUUAAUGUCAAAUUUCUCAGCAAUUUACAUGGGAUAUCUUUAGUUAGCAGAUUCUUCAGUAUUUUCUUUUAAUAUCAUUUUCUAUGGAUAACAUCGUGCUAUUUUUCGUUCUACUCAGAAAAAGCUCUUUUUAUUACAACUGUAACAACAAUCAUAUAAAAGACAUAAUUAUAAAACAAUUACUAUGAUGAUGUUAAUCAUAAGUGCUAUCCUACUGCUUUUGCUGCUGCUACUCCUAUAAUCAUUUCGUCAUUACCAACAUCACAUUUCGUAUUAUGUCUUCGCAACCGUGUCCAGCAACACUACCAUUGCCUUUUUUACUACCAUUGUUUUUGUUAAACUGAUACAACCAACUAAAUUACAACUGCAGCUAUACACGCAGUAUACACUAGUACCACCACAACUGCUAAUACUGCUUCUGCUACUGAUACCAUGACUAUUACUAAUACUUCUUAUACUAUACUACCCAGUGACUACUACGAGUUAUACUUCUACUACUACUACUACUACUACUACUACUACUAUUACUACUACUACUACUACUACUUCUACAACAACUACUACUACCACUACAACUACUACUAGGUUAUUCACUCCUAUGGAAGCGGAUAAAGGUAUGUUAUCAUGUGAUAUGCACUAAACAAGAACUGAGUACAUUGUUUUUAAUUUUAUCACUACUACUACUACUACUACUAUUUCUACUUAAAGGAUAGUCCGGGCUGAAAAUAUUUAUAUCUAAAUAAAUAGAGUAAAAUUCACAGAGCAAAUUGCUGAAAAUUACAUCAGAAUCGGGUAUUAAGUAACGAAGUUAUUGAAUUUUAAAGUUUAUCAAUAUUUUGUGAAAACAGUUAAAUGCACAUCGUCAUGAAUAUUCAUUAGGUAAGCUGAUGAUGUAACAUACCCAGUUUCCUUUUUCUUAUGUUAUAAUAAUAAUAAUAACGCAGUUCUGUAUAGCACAUAUCACAUUAUGUCAUAAGGUCCCUAUGCGCUUACAAAGGACUUGAAUAUUAUUACCCUGGCAUGGCUCUAGCCCCGCAGCCUUUUACAGCGCGGUGGCAUUUCAAGGAAUAAAUUCCUGUCAGGUACCAAUUCACCUCACCUGGGUUGAGUGCAGCACAAUGUGGAUGAAUUUCUUGCUGGAGGAAAUAACACCAUGGCUGGGAUUCGAACCCACGACCCUAAUCCACUGGGCCACAACGCUCCACGAUGUUAUUACAUGAAAUCCUAAAUGUUUCAUUUUUUUUUCAUACAUGUGAAAAUGAUGUGUCUCCAUUAUUAUGAAUUAAGCUGCGGCAAUAAAUAACUAAUGCACUUAAUCAGUAGUCAAUCCAAUUGUUCUAGCUCUUGGUAGAAAUUUUUUGAAUAAAUCGAAUUUCAUAUGAUAAAAUGCAAAAGAACAAGUGGGGAUAUGACCUCAUCAGCCCACCUAAUGAAUGUUCAUAAAGACAUGCCUAGAACUAUUUCACCAAAAUAAUGCAAAUCUUUAAAAUUCAAUAACUUUGUUAUUUGUUAUCCGAUUUUGAUCAAAUUUUCAGCAUUUUGCUUUGUGAAUUUUACUCUAUUUUUUGAGAUAUAAAUAUUUCCUGCCUGGACCAUCCCUUUCAUAUACUUCUACUUCUACUAGUACUCCCACCACCACCACCAUCACUUCUACUAAUACUACCAGGGCCCUGGGAACCAUUUUUUUUUACUGGGGGUGCUGACGUAAAUUUGAAAAGCCCCCCCCCCCUCC